GCGUGAGCGCUCAGUCAUACGGUCGCGGUAGUUGAGUCGAUGCCAUCGAUAAUGGCGGAGUACAUCGAAUACGACUGGGGCUUGCGAAAUAGUUUAAUACGCGAUUUACAACAACCGAUGCAGGCAGCUGACAAAAAGGUUGCCCUACAAAAUUUGAAGGAUUUGAUCGGAGCUAGCAUUGACUUUGCCCUCAAAGACAAAUCGUGUGGGCAAGAUGAUGCCUUUUUAACGCGCUUUUUAUAUGCCAGAAAAUUUAAUGUUGCAGAAAGCUUCGAAUUAAUUCUCAGUUACUACUCAUACCGUCAACGAAAUCCUGUGCUUUUCAAUGAUUUGAACUGCUUAGAUGAAUCGGUUCAACUGGCUCUGCGUGACGGUUGUCCUGGAGUUCUACCAGAGCGCGACCGACGAGGAAGAAAAGUUUUGGUAUUGUUCACAUCAGAUUGGGAUUAUUGUGCUUAUGGUUUAGUAGCAGUAUAUCGAGCAUUGCUGCUAACAUUGGAGAAGCUUUUAGAAGAUAAACAAAACCAAGCAUCAGGAUUUGUUGUGGUUGUUGAUUGGACUGAUUUCUCAUUUCGCCAGUCAGCACACUUGAAUCCUCGAAUGCUAAAACUUAUGAUAGAAGGACUUCAAGACUGUUUUCCGGCACGGUUUAAAGGCGUUCAUUUCAUUGGACAACCGUGGUACGUUGAGAUGGCUCUAUCCGCAAUAAAGCCAUUUCUAAAAGAUAAAACUAGAGAACGAAUUUAUAUGCAUGGGAACAAUUUAUCUACAUUACACAAAUAUGUGACUAAAGAUAUUUUACCAGCAGAGUUAGGUGGAGAAGGUCCAAGUUUCAAUCCCUCUGUUUGGCUGCAAACUUUAGUGCAAUCUGGUAGUAGUGAUAUGCAAACUAAGAAAGAUCUGACAUACCCGAAUGCAUUUAGUCAUAAUAAUGAUCCUGAUGUUAAAAAUCAUUCAACCGAACUAUCGAACCCGAUUCAACCGGACACCGAAAUUAAAGACAAUGAUCAAUUGUUAACGGAUAACUCUCAAUUAAUGUGAUAUUACUUGCAUAGUGAAAAGUGAUCUCAUUGGCACAAUUAUAAAACAACGCGAUUUACCAUUUCGCAUAAAAAUGCGCUUUACCAAAGUCUUUAUUGAACAACUUGUGGUGGGUGUGAUUGAACAUAAUUAUUACUGUUUUUAUCAAUUUUAUAAUUUGGCCAGCUAGAAUCUGUGUGGCUUUUUUAAUGAAAAAUCUGUGUGUACAUGCAUUUGCAAAUAUGAAUACCAAAGUCAAAUAAAAUAUAACUUGAGAUUAAA